UGCUCCCAUUGUAACGGAAGAAAGAUAGCUUGGUAGCCACACGCUGCUAAACCCUUUUGUAGCAUUGUCAAGGUUUUGUAUUUUGUUCAGAGGUCAAGACCUACUUAUUUAUAUCUUUUGAAAAACAGGUUUAGUCUGUAUUUUUUAUGAUAUAACGCUGAAGCGAUGACGGGCUCAAAUGAAUACAAGCUGAACCAGGGACCAGAAGACAGCAUUUCUGCUGUCAAGUUCAGCCCCAGCACUGCCCAGUUCCUUCUUGUUUCAUCUUGGGAUUGCACCGUUCGUCUCUUUGAUGUUGGAGGCAACACCAUGCGAAUGAAGUACCAGCACACAGCUCCAGUUCUUGACUGUGCUUUUUAUGAUCCAACACAUUCUUGGAGUGGAGGCUUAGAUGCCCAAUUAAAAAUGCACGACUUGAACACAGAUCAAGAUACAAUAGUUGGAGCACAUGAUGCCCCAAUUCGUUGUGUGGAGUACUGCCCGGAAGUAAAUGUCAUGGUAACAGGCAGCUGGGACAGGUCUGUUCGUCUCUGGGACCCUAGGACCCCCUGCAACGCUGGCACAUUUACUCAGCCUGAAAAGGUGUACACCCUCUCUGUUGCUGGGGACAGACUGAUUGUUGGAACAGCUGGAAGACGAGUCCUGGUGUGGGAUUUGAGAAAUAUGGGAUACGUUCAGCAAAGACGAGAGUCCAGUCUCAAGUAUCAGACUCGCUGCAUUAGGGCAUUCCCCAACAAACAGGGCUAUGUUCUGAGUUCAAUUGAAGGACGUGUAGCUGUGGAGUACCUGGACCCCAGCCAGGAGGUUCAGAAAAAGAAAUAUGCAUUCAAGUGCCACCGACUGAAAGAGGAUGGAAUUGAGCAUGUCUAUCCCGUCAAUGCCAUCUCAUUUCACAGUGUUCACAAUACCUUUGCCACGGGUGGUUCAGAUGGCUUCGUGAACAUCUGGGACCCUUUCAACAAGAAGCGCCUCUGCCAGUUCCACCGCUACCCGACCAGCAUCGCCUCUCUGGCUUUCAGCAACGAUGGCACAAUGCUCGCAAUCGCCUCCUCCUACAUGCAGGAAAAGGGAGACAUAAGCCAUCCAGAAGAUGCCAUCUUUAUUCGCCAGGUCACAGACGCUGAAACAAAACCAAAGUGAGUCUUCGUCUCCUUCAUUGCCCCUAGGACUGAAUAGCUUUUUUUCAGCUCUGUGGGGGAAGCUCACCUGAUAAAAGGGGCAAAUCCAGCUGCAGCACAUUCUGAUCUGUAUCUUCUUGAAUCCACCUUUCAAUAUCCAACAGCUGACAGAUGGAUCAGAAUUUGAAAAUAGUCCCCUAUAGUUUUUGUGACUGUUGUAAACAUUGUUUAGACAAACAAAUUGUGUACUAUAAAAUGCAAAGCUGUUCAGUAUAUUCCUUCUCUUCUGUAUCCAUGGAGGUUUUCAUUUAUCUUUUCACACUUUUUAAUUUUCUAAAAGUUGCCCUGUGGAUUACUAAAACAGUGCUGUUGUAUUUCAUGGUAUGCACUUCUUGCUGCAAGCUUUACCAAGAGUUGUCACUGUUUUAGGUUUAAAGUGGUGUACGCUAUUGUGUAAACAAACUGAAAUUCCUGAUGGAACUUAUGAGCUUCAACACCAUCAGAAUGUUUCUUUUUUACUCUUAAUGUUUUAAAUGUACAAAUCUAGCUGAAAAUGUCAUUUUUGGCCAAUUUUGGAUGCAUGUCAGCGUUUUCAUCAAAUAUCUGAUUACUUGUGAAUUGUUUUAAAAAGAUGUUCUAUGUAACCUCAUCUGUACCUAUAAACCGUUUUUUUAAUGGCAUAAACUUCACUAGUUUUAACCAAUUAAUCCUAGAGCAAUUUAAAUUUCAAUUAACAAUUUUCAGCUUUAAAUGAAUAACUAAGAAAACAUAACUAAACAGUCCCAAAAUGAGAAGACGGGUAAAGUUUUGAUGUUACAGCAUGACUUGAACUUCAUCUUCAGUUAUUCUUCUCUUUUUGUCUCAUCUGGUUUUCAAUCGAUCACCCACAUUGAACUAUCAGAAAAUGUAUAUUUUUGAGAGCUUGAAAAAGCAGUAAAAAAAACCCUUAUGCAGACAAGAAAAUAUCUGACUUUUGGGACUACGAUAAAAGAAAAGACAUACUUUAGGAUUUUUGUUAUUUAGGAACCUUAACAUCUGUUGCCCAAAUAAAUCCAUUAUCAUAUUCUUGGUUUUCAGAUCUACCUAAGUGUACAGUGGAGUGGUUUCCUGUGCGGAUGAAACCUUCAUCAAGCCAUGUUCAUCUGCUGGCAGCAGUGUAUUAUAACUGUCUCGGUUUCCCUGUGUUGUUUUUUUUUUUUUUCCCAGUUUGUUUCCUUUUGUCUUUAUGUAAUGUUUGUUAGACUUUUCAGUUGUCUGUCUCUUGUUAAAUAUUUCACUGUUCAGUCAGUUGUCUCAUACUUUCUUAAACAAGCUCAUUGAAAUUAGCCUUUUUAUUUGUAUUAUUAUUAUUACAUUUUCUAGUUGUGAUGCCUUAACAUAAUCCAUAGCUAUACACCGAACACACAUUUACUCCCCAACAGGUUGGCUGGAAUCUACACUUGCAGACUAAUAUUCUUUCCCCUCUUAAAAAAAGUUCAACCUACAGUUUUUUUUUUCAUCUCUUUGUGACUAAACCAACCUGGAAGAACGAAAACCUCAGAAAUGCUUGGAAUGUUUCACAGCACAAGAACUUGUUUUGUUGAUGGCGUGUUGAAAGAAAGUAAUGAUCCUCUAGUUUUGCUGAGGGCUCCACUUGCCCCAGACAGUGACCUUUACCGAUGGACGUCACACCACUUAGUACUCAUAUUUUUUUAACAGUUUCCCCAUUCAACAAAGUUCCUACAAGCUGUUACAACACUUCACCAGCUCCACUCUGAAAUGGGAUUGGGAUCUGUUCAGUAGAGUUUGACAUUGCAUGAAUGGCAGCAGCAAUAUGAAACUGCUCCCUGCGAAAUAAUGUAUUUUUCCCUGCAGAGAAAUGUGAUUCUAAAGCCCUUUAGUCAAAGCAAAGAGCUGUCAGUUCUUUUCAUAAAGGCUUUUUUUUGUCUGCUUUUUGCCUAAUGGCUCUGUUCUUUUGGCAUCCUGGAAAUAAUUUGUUUACUUAAUUAAAAAGAUGUAAUUCUGA